AUGGGGUUCAUAAUCGGCCUUGUAGUCGGACUCGCCGUCGGAAUCACCAUCAUCAUCGGCUUUGUCAAGGCCGAGAAUUAUCGAUCCAAGCUUCGCUCUGAGCUCGCGAAUACGGUGGCUGCUUUCGCAAGGAUGACUGUGGAGGAUUCGAGAAAGCUUUUGCCAGCUGAAUUUUACCCUUCCUGGUUGACUUGGCUGAACCAUCACUUGACAAAGAUCUGGCCUUAUGUUAAUGAGGCGGCCUCUGAUCUUAUAAGGGCAUCCGUGGAGCCUAUUCUCGAGCAAUAUAGACCUGCCAUUGUUGCCUCCUUAACUUUUUCUAAGCUUACUCUCGGUACCGUGGCGCCUCAAUUUACAGGUGUUACCGUUCUCGACGGUGAUAAAAAUGGGGUGACGAUGGAGCUUGAUAUGCAAUGGGAUGGGAAUCCAAAUAUAGUACUUGGCAUCAAGACCUUAGUUGGUGUUUCUCUUCCAGUUCAGGUGAAAAAUAUUGGAUUCACUGGUGUUUUCAGGCUGAUUUUUAGGCCACUAGUUGAUGAAUUUCCUUGCUUUGGAGCUGUCAGCGUCUCUCUUAGAGAAAAGAAAAAACUGGACUUCACACUCAAGGUUAUUGGAGGGGACAUUUCAGCAAUUCCUGGUCUUUCUGAAGCUAUUGAGGAAACAAUACGGGAUGCCGUGGAAGAUUCUAUCACAUGGCCUGUUCGUAAGGUCAUCCCAAUUUUGCCUGGUGAUUAUAGCGAUCUGGAGCUAAAGCCUGUUGGAAUGUUGGAGGUGAAGCUUGUGCAAGCAAAGAACUUGACCAACAAAGAUCUGGUUGGAAAAUCAGACCCCUUUGCUAAAAUGUUUAUACGCCCUUUGCGAGAAAAGACCCAAAGAAGCAAGACAAUUAACAAUGACCUGAAUCCCAUCUGGAAUGAGCAUUUUGAAUUCGUUGUCGAAGAUGCGUCCACUCAACAUUUAGUGGUCAGAGUAUAUGAUGACGAGGGUGUACAGGCAUCUGAGCUUAUUGGCUGUGCCCAAGUCCGGCUCUGUGAACUUGAACCUGGUAAAGUGAAAGACGUCUGGUUGAAGCUGGUCAAAGAUUUAGAGAUCCAGAGAGAUACCAAGAACCGUGGAGAGGUUCACCUUGAGCUACUAUAUGUUCCUUUCGGUUCGGGAAACGGCAUCGUAAAUCCAUUUGCCUCAUCUUCAUCGAUGACUUCCUUAGAAAGGGUGCUCAAGAAUGAUACGGCAGACGAAGAAAAUGCAUCAUCGCGUAAGAGAAAAGACGUCAUCGUAAGAGGAGUUCUCUCGGUGACAGUGAUAUCUGCAGAAGAGAUACCAAUACAAGACCUGAUGGGGAAAGCUGAUCCAUAUGUCGUUCUCUCCAUGAAGAAGUCAGGUGCCAAGAGCAAAACUCGGGUCGUCAAUGACAGCUUAAACCCUGUUUGGAACCAGACUUUUGAUUUUGUAGUUGAAGACGGGUUACACGAUAUGCUAGUUCUUGAAGUCUGGGACCACGACACCUUUGGAAAGGACUACAUCGGGAGAUGCAUCUUGACGUUGACAAGAGUUAUAAUGGAAGAGGAAUACAAAGACUGGUUCCCAUUAGACGAAUCCAAAACAGGCAAGCUUCAGCUGCAUCUCAAGUGGAUGGCUCAAUCAAUAUACCGCGAUUCCUAA